UUUUUUUUUUUGGCGGGGGGGUGUGGGGGGCUAGUGAGUGGCUCAGGCCUCGUUGCUACAUUAUGCUAGUGUUAUAAAAGCUGAAAAUUCGCCAUAGCCGGAGCAAGACAAUCACAUACGCACGCACCCAAACACACACACACAGAAUGGCGUGGUCUGCGGCCGCCAGAUGCUUCAAUGUGCCGGCGAUCGACAUGGGUGGGGUGCGCAACAAAGCUCCAUUGGUCGUAGGCAUGGGCUGCGCCUCCGUGGCCCUUACACGCCUGUGGCGCUCUUCGUCACGACCCAAGCCUUUUGCUUGCUUGGCCAUUUCCACUCAAGCUAGUACUAAGGAAGCUGUUCAAACAGAGAAGGCUCCAGCUGCAUUGGGACCAUAUUCUCAAGCCAUUAAAGCCAAUAACCUUCUCUUUGUAUCUGGUGUUCUUGGAUUUAUUCCAGAGACUGGAAAAUUCAUUUCAGAUAGUGUGGAAGAUCAAACAGAGCAGGUUCUCAAGAAUAUGGGGGAAAUUUUGAAAGCAAGUGGUGCCAGCUAUUCCUCAGUCGUUAAGACAACAAUCAUGUUAGCUGACUUGAAGGAUUUCAAGAAGGUGAACGAGAUUUAUGCUAAAUACUUUUCAUCGCCAGCUCCUGCCCGUUCGACGUAUCAGGUUGCAGCAUUGCCCAUGGAUGCCAGGAUUGAAAUUGAGUGCAUUGCGGCACUGUAGAGCAAUGCUUAAAUCUUCGUUUGUAUGUCACUGGCGGGAAGUCAAGUUAAUAAGCUUGGAGAGGAGCAUUUUUGAGUAUUGAGAUAUGGAAAUUGGAAUCAAAAUCAUCAGAUAAACUUUUGACUAUUAUGUUCCCCCCCCUGGAAUAAUGUUUUGUAUUUGCAUUGUAAUUUAUCUGGACCAAAUUUUAAAUUGCUUCUACAAUUGAAAUGGAGAAACUAAAUGGGUUUAAUUA